AUGCCCCUACUAAUACUGUUUGCCACUAGCUCUGCGGUGCCAAAUUGGAACCUCCAAGAUGGGUACAUCGCCAACACUUUGGACAACGAUUAUGCUGAAAUAGAUAAUGUUUUGCGCCCCACACUAGAUCGCAAAAAGUACCCUCCGAUUUUGCGCAAACCAACAUCAGAGAAGAGAACCUUGCGUAAUGGGGAGAUCCCGCAAUACGUGCUUGACUUUGCUCCUUACGUGCACCUUUACUCGGAGGAACGAUAUUUUCUGUACGACAUCAAAAAGUAUGUCGAGCAUUUCACCGUCAAAUUCAGCAACGGCACUGUCGUCGAGGGCACGGAAGAUGGUAAACUUAAUAUUUCCAGUUUGGGGAGCUUGCCCAAGAAAGCUGGUAUAUAUUUGACGGCAAACGAGGACUUCGACCUUGAUCCAGAGUGGAUCACAGGACUCAAGAAUAAGCCACUGUUGAGAAACGGCGAGAUAAAAGAUGCCCCUGCCAUAUUGAUUGUGGUGGAUAAAGGCAACGGCUGGGUCGAUGCCUUCUGGUUCUACUUUUAUUCGUUUAAUUUGGGACCGUUUGUGAUGGGCUCUGGGCCCUAUGGUAACCAUGUCGGUGACUGGGAACACUCGCUUGUGCGUUUCUACAAUGGACGGCCAGUCAUCGUAUGGAUGUCUGCCCAUGGUGGUGGCGGUGCGUAUCACUACACGAACUUAGAAAAGUAUGAACUAGAUUCUAAUCAUCCAAUCAUCUUUUCUGCUCGUGGAACACACGCAAAUUAUGUUUCUGUGGGUACGCACCCUCAUGAUCUCCCUUACCAGAUUUUAUGUGACUUCACGGACCGUGGGCCGUUGUGGAACCCUACGAAAAACUACUUGGGUUAUACUUACGAUGGAAAAUUCGUUUCUCCUGCCGAGAACAACUCUAACCCGAAUCAUACCGGUAGAGAGCUUGAGUACGGAGAUUGGCUCACGUUUACUGGCCAUUGGGGAGACAAACAAUUGAAGAGUUCCGAUCCAAGACAACAACACUCUUUGAUUGGAGGAUACAAAUACAUCGAUGGUCCUCGCGGGCCUUUGAAAAAGAAUUUGCUUCGGAUUAUCCCCUGUGAACGUCACAAGUGGUGGAACUUUUGGAAUGGCUGCAAUGUUAGGCAAAACAUCAAAUGGGGCAUAGGCGUGGAAAGCGAAGGAUAUAAUUGCGGCAAUAUUUUUCUAAGAAUCAGGCCAGCCUGGCUCAGCAAGAUAUUGCAAAAGAUCACCUGGGGAGGCUGGUUUUGCUUUGUGGUGGAUUUGAUAUAUGGAUAA